AUUUUGUGUGGCAUUUGCGUAAGCGUUCGUGGCGGCGAGACAUCAUCAUCAUCAGCAGCAGCAGCAGCGUUUGAUCUCGAGAGAGAGGCAGUGUGUGUGAAACGGGAGCUGCGUGAGAGAAGAGUAUGAAGGGAAUCGCUGUGGUCUCGGCCCUUUUGGCCUUGCUGUGCGUCGCGCACGCCGGAGUCUUCUUGGACGAGAAAUUCGAUGAUGAUUCGUGGGAGAGCAACUGGGUGUACAGCAAGCAUCCAGGUAAAGAGUUCGGCAAGUUCGUGAGGACCGCUGGAAAGUUCUUCAACGAGGAGGAGGCUGAUAAAGGUCUGCAGACUUCUGAGGAUGCUAGGUUCUACGCUCUCAGCAGGAAGUUCGAGCCUUUCUCCACAGAAGGCAAAGAUUUGGUCAUCCAGUUCUCUGUUAAGCACGAGCAGAACAUCGACUGCGGAGGCGGUUACGUGAAGGUCUUCGACUGCUCGUUGAAACCCGAGGAGAUGCACGGCGAGUCGCCUUACAGGCUCAUGUUCGGUCCGGACAUCUGCGGCCCAGGCACCAAGAAGGUGCAUGUCAUCUUGAACUACAAGGAGAAGAACGUCCUCAUCAACAAGGACAUCCGCUGCAAGGAUGACGUCUACACUCACGUGUACACUUUGAUCGUGAAGCCGGACAACACGUACGAGGUUCAAAUCGACGGCGAGAAGGUCGAAGGUGGCGAUCUGGAAGCCGACUGGGAUCUCCUUCCAGCCAAGAAGAUCAAGGAUCCGGAAGCAUCCAAGCCCGACGAUUGGGACGACCGUGAGAUGCUCCCCGACCCAGAGGACACCAAACCUGAAGACUGGGACAAGCCAGAGCACAUCGCCGAUCCUGAUGCCACCAAGCCCGACGAUUGGGACGACGAGAUGGACGGUGAAUGGGAACCACCGCAGAUCGAUAACCCCGAGUACAAGGGUGAAUGGGCGCCCAAGCAGAUCAAGAAUCCCGUCUACAAGGGCCCGUGGGUCCAUCCGGAAGUCGACAAUCCCGACUACUCUCCAGAUUCCGAACUGUACAAGCACGACGAGAUCUGCGGCAUCGGCUUCGACCUCUGGCAGGUCAAGUCCGGCACCAUCUUCGACAACGUGCUCAUCACCGAUGACGUCGAGUACGCCAAAACGGCUCUCGCCGGUCUCAAGGCCACCCAGGAUGGUGAGAAGGUUAUGAAGGAGGAGCAGGACAAGGUCGAGAGGGAGGCAGCCGCCAAGGAGGAGGAGGAGAAGAAGGAGGAUGCCGUCGAUGAGGAUGAUGAAGAAGAGGAAGAGGAGGAGGACAAGGUUGUCCCAGUUCACGAGCAGGAUCACGAUGAGUUAUAAGCGAUGGAAGGAUGUUGAUUAAUAUUUAAAAAAAAAAAAACACAGAAAAAAUAAGACUUUUUUAUAUAUCUUGCAGUGUGAAGUGUUUCUUUGGUUUAUAAAUAGUUGUGUACCGUUUUUUCAUUUUGACUGAUUUUGUUAUUAAGAUAUGUCUUCUAAAUAAAGAAAAAGAAAAAACAAAAAAA